AUGGCGGCCCAUGUGAUGGCAGGAAUUGGGGGCAAAGGCGGAACCGUGGUGGGAGUCAUUUGGUUUGAAAAUGUCUUGACAUACAUCUUGGUCGCGGCGCGAAUCUACACUCGUCGAUACAUCAGAGGUUCGGUUGGCUGGGACGACCUUUGUCUGGUUAUCACUUCGCUUCUCAUGACUGUCUUUGGCAUCUUGACUACAAUCGCAUGUGCUCAUGGAAUGGGUCAGCAUGUUGAUGCCCUUGAGACUUAUCAGUUCUCGGAUGCUUUGCUCUAUCUCCUAUGCGCCCAGUCUGUUGUCUCGAUGGCCAUCGGCAUGGGGAAGGUGACUGUCGCCAUCUUCUUGCUGCGCAUUGUUACUGCAUCUUGGCACCGUUGGUUCCUUUGGUUCUGUAUCGCCUCGAUGAUGAUUCUCAGCAUCUUCCUUUCCGUCGCCUGGCCUUCAUCGACUGUGGCAAGUAUCGAAACGCCUUUGAAAAAUAUCGGCAUGCAUCUAACUAUCAUACCAGCAUACGCCGCGGCAAUGGACUUUGCUUUGGCCGCCUUCCCCUGGAUUGCUCUUCGAGGACUGAAGAUGAAGCGCAAGGAACGCAUUUCCAUCUGUGUUUCUCUCAGUCUUGGAGUCUUCGCCGGUGUUUGCGGUGUCAUCAGAACAUCGGGACUGGAAGUCUUGAGUAACUCUGCCGAUUAUCUCUAUGCGACCUCGGACUCGGUUAUCUGGACCGCCAGCGAAGUCACCACAACCAUCGUCUGCGUCACCCUCCCGGCUCUCCGUCCUCUAUACAACAAGGUCCGGGGCCAAGAGUCGAGCUCUGCUGGCUACCAGCAACACGACGACUCCGCCUACAACACCGGUGGCUCAUUCCACAUGAGCUCAUAUGCCAACAAACGCAAAGACAAUGGCAUCGGAUACCCCAAGGGCAGUAGCAACUUUGCCAGCGCCGAGGCAUCUCGAGAUCCCACUACAAUUAAGAACGAUAGCGAUGAGACUAUUUUGCUGCAGGGUGAGGGAAAGAAUAUCAUGAGGGUUCAGGAGGUCAGCGUGUCGUACGACAAUGGAAACUCGCUGAACAACGUGUCGAUAAAGCAAGAUGUUUGA